AUGAUUCCUGGAGACGAUCAAUUGAUCGAGCUGGGAGAGGAUACCACCGUGUCAGUGGGAAGGUGUAAACCCAGUGAGCUGCAACAGGAUCGAGUCUUCCAAGUUCGUUUGGAACAGGAUGAACAUGGCCAUCUGAAAAAAUGCAUCUUGGAUCACUGUAGCCAGGUGACCACCAGAUAUUCCAUCAAGAACAAUGGAACCAAAGCGGCUGCGUGCCUCUACAUUGAACACACAGCGAGGACGGAUUGUGGCGGCUUUUCCAUCACCUCCACCAGCCACUGUGUGAAGCAGACCACAGGCUGGGCUCGUUUCUGCCUCUCUGUGGAACCCGAAGCUGAUCUCAGUCUGGAGGUCUCAGAAGAGGCCAACUACGAGGAGAGCAUCCCGCUGAACGAGGCCGGCAUCAGCCGCUUCUUGUCGCGCGCCAAGACGAUGGAAGAACUUCAGCAGGUCCUGGACGAAAAUUCCAUCAAAGUCCUUCAUCGAAGCCUGGCUCGGCUGCGUUUGGCAUCGAUGUUGAAAGCUUUCCUGGAGCCCAAGAACAUUUCCGAAGAACAGUUGCUGAACUGGGAACAGCGGGAAUGCCCUUGGUCGGCCGACGAAUCCACCUUGGUUAGCGAUCCAGAUCGACUUGCCUCUGAUGUGCGAGAGAUUUUGGCCCAAAUUCGAGAGUUGCAGUCGAAGACAGCCGAGACCAAAGAGAAUCAACGCAAGCAGAGUACGGACAACAGCCGGGUCGCAAAGAUCUUUGAGAACCAGACGAGAUUGCGGGAGAACAUCAAAUCCAUGGAACACGUGCGCACCGGAUCCCUGUUGGAAAGGUACAUGAAUGACAUGGACAAGGAGGAAAAUGACUUGAUCGAAACGCGAAAACGUAUUGAGGCUUCAGAGGAGCAGAAUGCAAAGCUCAGCAACGAUGCAUCCAGGCUGGCUCUGCAGAUUGUGAUGAAGACCAAAGCCCUUCAGAAGAGGGCCAAAUGCUAA